CCAAUGAGAAGGGUGGAUUCUGCUGGCUACAGUGCCGCGUCGAAGUCCACUUACUUUUCGGGGAGCUUGCUGCCCGGUAACUAAACUGUGGAGGAAAACGGGAAGUUGAAUGUUGGUGGACUUCUUCAGUGCUGCCCCACCUUUCCGUAGACGUUGACAGAGUCCGUCGCCUAAACGGCAGUUGCCCGCGGUCGGUGCCCAGCCAGCUAAGCGGGAGCCAUGCCUGUCCCCGCUGGAUACCUCAGCGACUCCCCCGCUGCGGCCUUCUCAUCCUCGGCCUCGCUUAUCCCGCCGCCUCCGAUAAACACCCAACAGCCAGGAGUUGUCACGUCGCUGCUGUACAGCGGCUCCAAGUUCAGGGGCCACCAGAAGAGCAAAGGGAACUCGUACGACGUGGAGGUUGUUUUACAGCAUGUCACCAUGGAGGACUCAUACCUAUGUGGCUACCUGAAAAUAAAAGGACUGACCGAGGAAUAUCCAACAUUGACCACAUUCUUCGCUGGAGAGAUCAUCAGCAGAAAGCGGCCGUUCCUUACCCGAAAGUGGGAUGCAGAUGAGGAUGUGGAUCGUAAACACUGGGGCAAGUUCCAGGCCUUCUACCAGUAUGCCAAGUCAUUCAACUCGGAUGAUUUCGACUAUGAGGACCUGAAGAACUCUGACUAUAUAUUCAUGAGAUGGAAGGAGCAGUUUCUGGUCCCUGACCACACAAUCAAAGACAUCAGCGGAGCUUCCUUUGCUGGAUUCUACUACAUCUGCUUCCAGAAAUCUACAGCAACCAUUGAGGGCUACUACUACCACCGGAGCUCUGAAUGGUACCAGUCUCUAAACCUCACCCACGUUCCCGAGCACAGCGCAGCCAUCUACGAGUUCCGGUGACAUCGGCCAGCAUCAGUGGAUCUUUUUUUUACGAUGGACAGAGACUCAAUGUGAAGCUGAGGUCUACGGAUGCUACUGAGAUAGAAAAGGGGAUAGAAACAUUUUUGGAGAAACUCUUACUUGUUCCUAAUAAAUGGACGGACAGUGGAUUGGCUUGUGGAUGGAUACAGGACUAAUGAAUGUACGCAAUAGGACGAGAGGAGAAGAAAGGAAGUGCAGCUACGGCUUGUAAAGUUAGAGCGUGCAGCAGAGGCUGGGUUUGGCUCGCAUAGUGUACCCCAUUUCUUCAUUUGUUUUGAAAAACCGCUUGGCACAGCCUUGAGACACUUUAUGGGCUGAGUUGGGAUAUAUAUGUGUAUUUUUUUCAACUUUCCAGCUUGCAUUCAGCCAGUGUGGAGUGAGCAACAUAAACACAUUAGACUGCUGUUUGACAAGGAUUCCUGCGAGGAGUCUGCUCUUAUGAACGCUAAACAAGCCCUGUGUGGAGGAAAAGAAAGAAAACUUUGAUUGGAUGGAGCCCAUAAGCUAAAGCGACAGUAUUUUUUUAAGCUAAGGUGGUUCUUUGUUUGCCUGAGAUGAGGAUAUUUUUAAUUUUACCUAAAUGAUUGAAGCAAAGUGGCAGUUUUACAUGCGAGUGACACACAAAGUCAGCUUUGCUUGGGAGAUUAUUAUCACUUGUGAUUGCUGUGGAUCUUGUUCUAUUGAGUUACAUUUGCACAAAGAUGGACUACAUGUUACUAAUGCUAGAACACGAGCAUCACGGUGGCAGGUCAGAGCUACUUUGUAAAGCUUUGGCUGUGUAUGUAAGGGGGUUUAGAGCCAAAACAAUCACAUAAAUAAGAGUAUUUGUACCCCGCACUCUGCGUCACACAGAAAGCUUUUUACUCCCUCAUGUGUCAUUUUAAGUUAAGAUCCUACCCCCCAUGUUUAUGUCUCCUUGACUAUGCAACACUUAAACAUAGCACUCUCCAAACCUUCCAUUUUCAGAGACAAAAUUUUAUUCUAUCCUUAAAGAAUAUUAUUAAAAAAGAUUCUAUCAUGAUUAAAGGAAAUAUUUUUGUUAAAUUGCCUAUUAAAACACUUCCUAAUCAUGUUCCCUUCCCAUGUGAUGGUGCCAUCUUUCUAAAGCUUGUCAGAGUUGUAUUAUAACUAAACAGAAGUAUGUUUGUUUGAGAUUAAGCCUGGAUUUGUUUGAUGGUGUGACUGUAAAGAAUGGUUAUUGGAUUUUAAAAAAUCAUAUCAAAAAC